AUGUAUAAAAAUGUCUUAAUACAAACUACUUUAAGAAGAAGCGUUACAAUGAGUAAUCCAGUAUCUACCUCAAAUAAACCUAAUUCUACAGUGGAUGAAGGUGAUGUUCAAAGACAUAGCAGACUAAUGAAAGAAUGGUGGGAUCCAAAGGGUAUUUUAGGAACUCUUCAUUCGUUUAAUAACCUCAGAGUACCAUUUGUCAGAGAUGGUCUUGUGGCAGAGAAAAAUAGAACACUAACUCCGUUAGCCAAUCAACGCAUUUUGGAUGUGGGAUGUGGUGGUGGUAUCUUAUCAGAGGGCUUAGCAAAAAUAGGUGCAGUCGUAACUGGUGUAGAUGCUAGCAAGGAACUGAUUGAAUGUGCGAAAGAACACAGCAAUGUUAAUCCAAAAAUUACCGACAACAAACCAACUUAUUAUUGCACUACUAUUGAGGAACAUGCAGUGCAGUUUCCGAACUACUAUGACGCUGUUGUUGCAUCUGAAGUGAUAGAACAUGUUGCAAAUAAAGAGUUAUUUGUCAAAUCGUGCGUGGCUACCCUCAAACCUGGUGGACGAAUUUUCAUCACUACCCCAAAUAGGUCUCGAUGGACGCAAGUGUUAGGCAUUUAUGUGUCCGAGAAUAUCAUCAAGACACUUCCAAAAGGAACGCAUCAAUAUGAAAAGUUAACGACGCCUAAUGAAGUUACAUUUCUAUUGGAGCGAAAUUGUUGCCAAGUGGAGUUGAUACACGGAAUAAUGUAUUAUCCAUUCAUCGACAGAUGGACGUGGGUUAGGUACAAAACGCUAAUGUUUGGUCUUCAAGCAGUAAAACUGAACCCAGAAGAACAAUAA